AAAUUAUAUAUCGCUCGGCUCGCACAUUUCCCCCUUUUUCUCUUUCAUUUAUUUUUUGUUUUCACUUGCACUUUUUCCAUUUAAUUUUUUGUUUUCCAAUGUCUGAAAGAACCAAUUCCACACGCAACAGAAGACCCUCACUUGACUGGCUGCAGGAGCUAAGACCCGAACUACGAAAUGUAGUGCGCGAGAGCAUUGGUGAGAUGCUAUUAAGGGAAACCCCACUACAAGAGGGCAACGUAGCCUCAAUGGGACUAUUAGAAUCGCUAUUGCCUACAUCUGAUGAUGGGCCUAUCCACACGCGCUUAUCGGAACGCCCCAACACGCAGGACCACUCCACCACCCGGGCACUGUCCACCCACACUUCUAACACAUCAGCAUACCUAUCAGCAUUGGAUACUAACAGAAGGGGGCUUCGCAUGGAUAUGUACAGGGUGCUGUCAGAGAUGGAUGGGCGGCGGCAAAGCUUGUUGGAGACAUCCAGGGUUGGGCGUAACUCUGUGGUGGCGCAGACUGGGUUUGACAGCGGUGAAGCAGACGCGAAUGAGCUGGAGGUCAAUAGCGCGACGGAUGGCUGGACAUUUGUCAAUAUGCGCAGCCGCGAUGUCUACAACACGAAUAACGGUGAGGGCCCAUCCCCGCCACGCACACGUCGGAGACUCAACACAGAGCAUGGGAGGCCCCUGCAGAACAAUGUUCUGUCAUCUAGGAGAGCGGCAUUGGCACCAGCAACGGUGGCGUUGGUGCGCCAAGAGGGAGACAGAUACACGAACGAUGAUGCUGAUGUUGAGGCUGAUGUUGAGGCUGAGGCUGAGGCUGAGAGUGGGUAUUCCGGAUACGGCGACUUUUCCCCGCCCAUCGCCCGCAACGCCAUCGUGAUGUUCAACGAUGAUGACGUUGACGACGUUGAUGAGGAUAUGAAUGAUAGCUAUGGCAGCGAAAACGAGUAUGACGUGGAUGAUGAGGAGCAGGCGCUGUGGGACGGCAUGGGCCCGGAUGAUUUUGCGGACAUACCUGAGGGCGGCGAGGAGUUCGACGACUGGUUUGUCACCAACUUUAGGGGAAACCCGUUCCACGCACGCACUGCCAGAUUCAACGAGAUGACUGCCGCCAACAACAGAUCGGCGGCGACGGAUGUUUCUACAGCGGCGCGUGCCACUGCAGCCAGUGCGCGGCCAGCCAGGGGUGGGGCACAGGUCAGCGUGACUGUGCGCCAGCAGUGGGCUAAGGACCGCACGUGGAAACCCUACGUUUACCAUCCGGCGGCGGUCAACAGCAAUAACAGUAUCCGGGACACAUACGUUGGCAUCAAAAUGCACACGCUGCGGGGCAUGCAGGGCGAGCAGUCGCGACUCUACUCCGUGCACUCGGAGAUCCGCCCUCUUUCUAUGAAAUGCAGCAACGCUGAUGACACCGGCCAUGGUACGCUGGACAAUAUAUUCUUGUCCAACAGCACGGCAUUCGUCACCAGUCGCGCGACAAACGUCAAUCUGGAGCUGUCUUUUGUGGAGGAAAACGGGCUCCCUAGGCACACGAUUGUUGAGCGCAUCAUGAUCCAGGCGUCAUUGUCCAGGUUCCCGCCGUGCACUGAGCUUAUGUUUUUUGCGUCCAGUCGCCGAUGCACAUUCUCGGAGCUCGAACAGUACAACAACUAUACGUUUGCGCAGUACGAGCAGCUGGCCGCCCGCAUUGAGAGCCAGAACAGCACUGCUUCUACUUCUUCUGCUUCUGCUGGUGAUAGUGGAGAUGCGAUUCAGCAGAAGAAUUUGAUGUGCGAUCCGCUGCCUAUUGCCUACUUCUGGCUUGCCCACGAGGAAGGGUACAGGCAGCUCCAGGUAUUGCCCCAGGGCGUGGCUUGCAAAUACUUGUACAUCAAGAUGCUGCGUGGUGCCAGGGGCAGCAAGUCGAUGACGCUCCAGACUGUGCGCAUUUUUGGAUGGAACGGACCGCGAGCCUUUUAUGAAGCAUCCCUGUGCUAAAAACGACCAAGAGAUACAUCUCACCUUUGUUUUUUUUUAAAUUGCACUUGAACAUUUAUAUGGAAGUCGUACUCAAAUAAACUUUACGAUACUGUUUUU